AAACAAUCUAUUGAAAAAUCGAUGACAUCGGUGAUAUCGAUGAGGGCAUCGACACACUCCCGUCUCUAUCACUUCAAAUUUCGACGAGGUUAGCAGCGGCACUUUCGCUCCUUCUUCGCUCUGCCACGAACACCGUCAACAGUUCCACGGGAGUCGCAGGAAUCGGGAGAUACUACUAGAGCCAGCACUACUUUCACUCGGUAGUCUCCAGUCGCAGCGGGCCUUUCGAGAAAGUUCGAACCUAGACGACUCUACAGAUUCUUUCCCGAAAGCAGGGCAGCGGACGAGAAGAAAGUCGCUUUUUACCGAUCCAGACGAGAAUAAAGAGGAAAUCAAGAUUGAAGGAAUAAUUUUAUUGCGGUUGUAGCACAACUCCAUGUCAGCUGUUUAGCAGCGUCGAAAGAAAUCGAAAAGCAAAGAGUUACCUUCCAAGUCGACCAUUCGCAGUUGAAAUCCAAGUCCCAACUAGCAGACGUCUAAGCUAACGGCAGCAUGCGAGCAAAGGCACCACACGAUCGCGACUUUGGUCACAGUGGGCGUGGCGGUCGCGGAGGCGAUCGAGGCGGAGAUGACCGCCGCGGAGGAGGCGGUGGCGGCGGCGGUGGCAAUCGCUUCGGAGGCGGCGGCGGAGACUACCAUGGCGUGAGGAAUGGUCGUAUCGAGAAGCGUCGUGAUGACCGCGGAGGCGGCAACCGUUUCGGUGGCGGCGGCGGCGGUGGAUUCGGAGGCGAUCGCCGUGGCGGAGGCGGUGGCGGAAGCCAGGAUCUUCCAAUGCGACCUGUCGACUUCUCCAACCUGGCUCCGUUCAAGAAGAACUUCUACCAGGAACACCCCAACGUGGCUAGCCGUUCGCCCUACGAAGUCCAGAGGUAUCGGGACGAGCAGGAGAUCACAGUGCGCGGACAGGCGCAGAAUCCCAUCCAAGACUUCUCCGAGGUCCAUCUGCCCGACUACGUCAUGAAGGAGAUCCGCAGACAGGGCUACAAGGCGCCCACCGCCAUCCAGGCGCAAGGCUGGCCCAUCGCCAUGAGUGGCUCGAACUUUGUGGGAAUCGCCAAGACCGGAUCGGGCAAGACUCUGGGCUACAUCCUGCCCGCCAUUGUGCACAUCAACAACCAGCAGCCGCUGCAGAGGGGAGAUGGACCCAUCGCCCUCGUGCUGGCCCCCACCAGGGAGCUGGCCCAACAGAUCCAGCAGGUGGCCACCGAAUUCGGUUCCUCGUCGUAUGUGCGCAACACCUGCGUCUUCGGCGGCGCCCCGAAGGGCGGCCAAAUGCGGGAUCUGCAGCGCGGCUGCGAGAUCGUCAUUGCCACACCCGGUCGCCUCAUUGAUUUCCUUUCCGCCGGCUCUACCAACCUGAAGCGCUGCACCUACCUGGUGCUCGACGAGGCCGAUCGCAUGUUGGACAUGGGCUUCGAGCCCCAGAUCAGGAAGAUCGUCUCGCAGAUCCGGCCCGACCGCCAGACGCUCAUGUGGAGCGCCACCUGGCCCAAGGAGGUCAAGCAGUUGGCCGAGGACUUUUUGGGCAACUACAUCCAGAUCAACAUUGGCUCUCUGGAGCUGUCCGCCAACCACAACAUCCGCCAGGUGGUGGAUGUUUGCGACGAGUUCAGCAAGGAAGAAAAACUGAAGACCCUCCUGUCCGACAUCUAUGACACCAGCGAGAGCCCCGGCAAGAUCAUCAUUUUUGUGGAGACGAAGCGGCGCGUAGACAACCUGGUGCGCUUCAUCCGCAGCUUCGGCGUUCGCUGUGGAGCGAUCCACGGCGACAAGUCGCAAUCAGAGCGAGACUUCGUCCUGCGCGAGUUCCGCUCGGGCAAGUCCAACAUCCUGGUGGCCACCGAUGUGGCAGCUCGUGGACUGGACGUGGACGGCAUCAAGUAUGUCAUCAACUUUGACUACCCGCAAAACAGCGAGGACUACAUCCAUCGCAUCGGACGUACAGGACGAUCCAACACAAAAGGCACCUCCUUUGCCUUCUUCACCAAGAACAAUGCUAAGCAAGCCAAGGCGCUGGUCGAUGUCCUCAGAGAGGCUAAUCAGGAAAUCAAUCCUGCCCUGGAAAAUAUGGCCCGCAACUCGCGCUACGACGGUGGCGGCGGACGCUCCCGUUACGGAGGCGGCGGCGGUGGCGGCGGUCGCUUCGGCGGCGGCGGCUUCAAGAAGGGCAGCCUGAGCAACGGACGCGGCUUCGGAGGGGGCGGCGGCGGUGGCGGCGGCGGCGAAGGCAGACACUCGCGCUUCGACUAGAUCGGGGACGGAAGAGCAGUAAUAGAAGCUAUAGGAACAGGAGAUUUCAGUAGCUAAACUAAACCGCGCUAGGCCCUAAGUUAAAUUAAGUUAAUAGCCUAAGUUUAAGUUUUCGUACAACUUUCAACAAACCGCUGAUGGUUUUUCUCAGAUUUAAAUUCAGACUUAACCCUAACCCCCCAUAUGAAAGAACACAAAAACCGGGCUAUUUGAACAUAGCUAUUUUAUGUUUAAUUGAUUUGUAAGUUAUUUGACGCUGGACCGCGAGGUCGGCACACAACCCAAUUGAAAACAUCAAGAACACUCUUUACUUAAACGCAAAAACCAAUUUUCAAAUAUCAUGUGAUAAUUUCUUAAUUUAAUGCAACGUAUCACUAAACUAAAAACAAAAACAAACAAAACAAAACAAAUGAAAACGUAGCGCGAGGAGUAUAAUGAUGUAGUGGAGGAGAGAAGGAAAAAGUGUAAGGAUCAUUCCCGUCUGUACCGUCUUGAUGACAAUGAACAAAGGCUGAAGAGCGACCUUUGUUUGAUAAAUAAAUUCUUCAAUUUACUUUUGGAAAAUUAACUUUUUGGAUACCUUUUAUGGCUCAACAAGAAUGUGUAAGGAAAGAAGAACGAGCGGGAAAUCACAUUAACUACUGACACUAAAUACAAAAGAAAAUCUGUAUGUACAAGAUGAGAAUUUCUCACUUACAAUUUAAUUUUUCGGAAAAAAUAAUAAAUGUGUGUGUAUACCUACUACAACCUAAACCAACAACAAA